UUCACAGCUGUGCCCUCGUCACACGCGGACCGGAAGCAGUCAGGUGUUCCACCGGAAAUUCCUUUUGUUGACGAUCGUGUGUUUGUUUUUCGGCUUCUCCGCCGUUUCCGUCUUUAUUUUUGUCUCUUGUCCUCGGGUCGAUCUCCUGCGUCUCGAAGCGUCUGCAGCACAAACACCGCUCGUGUCGAGCCACAGGUCCCCGCAUAGAAACCGGAUCACUGCCUCAGCUGUAGUCGGGGCCCGGGGCUGGGCUAACGUUAGCCUAGCAUUCAGUCGAGUCCUGCUAGCUGGCGUUAGCGUGUGUUAGCUGUCAGCCCAGCUUAAAGACAGCCGGCCGCUCACUUAAACGCAUCCGUAGGAGCGAUUAAACCGAUAUUUAGAAAACAUGGCGGUGGUCAACGAAGCUAACCUGAAGAAAAUGCUGAAGCAAUACAAAUACAGGGAUCUGACUGUGCGUGAGAUAACCACCGUCAUCUCCCAGUACAAGGACCUGAAGCCACUUAUGGACGCAUAUGUGUUUAACGAUGGCUCCACAAGAGACCUGAUGAGCUUGACAGGCACAGUCCCAGUGAGCUACAGAGGCAAUAUCUACAACAUCCCAGUGUGUCUGUGGUUGCUAGACACAUACCCCUACAACCCUCCCAUAUGUUUUGUUAAACCCACCAGUGCCAUGAUGAUCAAAACUGGCAAGCACAUCGAUGCCAAUGGCAAGAUCUACCUGCCUUAUCUACAUGAGUGGAAGCAUCCUCAGUCAGACCUGUAUGGUCUCAUUCAGGUGAUGAUUGUGGUCUUUGGAGAGGAGCCUCCUGUGUUUUCUCGCCCCACUACACAAGCCCCUUACCAAUCCUUCCAGGCAGCUGGACCCCCAAACCCCUCCUACAUGCCUGGCAUGCCCGCAGUGUCACCAUAUGGUCCAAACGCUAACCCAGGAGGCUAUCCAGGAUACCAGUACCCAGGGGGCAACUCAUAUCCAGCCACUGGCGGCCCUGCACACUACCCCACCCAAACCCCAGUCUCCACAGUUGGUCCAAGCCGGGAUGGCACCAUUGGUGAGGACACCAUCCGCGCAUCUCUGAUUUCAGCAGUAAGUGACAAACUUCGCUGGAGGAUGAAGGAGGAGAUGGACAGAGCUCAGGCUGAGCUGGACGCACUGAAGCGAACAGAGGAAGACCUGAAGAAAGGACAUCAGAAACUGGAGGACAUGGUCUCGAGACUGGACCAGGAAGUGACGGAGGUUGACAGAAACAUCGAGUUGCUGAAGAGAAAGGACGAGGAGCUGAGCGAGGCCUUGGAGAAGAUGGAGAACCAGUCGGAGAACAAUGACAUUGAUGACGUCAUUGUGCCGACUGCUCCCCUUUACAAACAGAUCCUGAACCUGUAUGCUGAGGAGAACGCAAUUGAAGAUACUAUCUUCUAUCUCGGAGAGGCUCUCCGCAGGGGCGUCAUCGACUUGGAGGUUUUCCUAAAGCAUGUUCGCCUCCUGUCCAGGAAGCAGUUCCAGCUCCGUGCCCUCAUGCAGAAAGCCCGCAAGACAGCCGGCCUCAGUGACCUCUACUGAUUCCCACACAGACUACCUGGAAGCGUUUGUAUCUUCAAUCUCUCUUCUUUUCCCUUUUUGUUAUAUUCCUUUAACAUCUUCUUUUAUUUCAAAUUGCUGCUCCUUUUUUUAAAAAAAUUCACCAUGAAAUCGGACAGAUAUCGGAACAGCAACGCUCAAGAACAAUUGGACUGUUGUGCUAAGCACAGUGAAAUUUCAUACUGUGUGGCCACAGUUGUAGUAUUACACCAUUUGUAUGUUGAUCUGACCAAAUACUUCUUUGAGAUCAUUACGCGUCAACAGUCAUGACCCAGACACGACAAAUGAUUGACUGUGGUUGACACAAAAACAUUUGCCGUACAGGUAAAAGUGAGAAGCGAGCUUAUUCUGUGUAUGAUGUGUGUGAGUGUUUGUGGUGAAGCUGGGUUGUGUGUCAUUGUGUCGACAUGUUUAUGCUGCAUUACCUUCGUGGCCCACAGGAUCUUGGUCUUUGCCAGACAAAGUCAUUUGGCUAGUAAGCACAAAUUGUCAGUGGCUAGUGGAGAGGGGCUUUGUAGAGAGCCCCAUAUUUCCGCUGUCCCACACCCCUCAUAAUGAAAAGGUUAGGCUGUGAUAUAAAUACCCAGGGCAACCUUUCAGGAGGGACAGGGGUUCAGCCUCAGGAUUUAGUUCUGUCUGGGGUCUGGGUCAUGUUCAGUAGCCAUGGAGUCAACUGAAUCUCCUGAUGAUCAACAUGGACCUGAACUGUGUUUCUGUGUUGUUUGGGUCAGUUAAUGAGUUGAAUUAUUAUGAGCACCCAUCCACUUCACCCACACGAUAAUAUAUUUUUCCCCAAUCUGUGUUUUGUCUUCAUGAUGGUGUGAGUGAGGCUGUUUGAUCGCAUGUCAGCUGCUCAGGUCUAACCUCUGACUGCAUUAACCAGUCAGUCUCGUACAGUGGUCGUCUUACGCUGUCUCUAAUAUUGCAGGUGACAGUCUUGACAUACUUCUAAAAGGAAAUCUUUUUUUUUUUUUUUUACAUUUCUAUUCCCCCUGUGCUGUCCACUUAUUCUCAGUCCUGCUGAGAAGUUUUGAUUUUCAGUAAAAAAAAAAAAAAAAAAAGAAGUUGUGAA